ACGCAAGCCCCCAAUAAACACAACAGAAGAAGAAGAAGCAGGAAGCUACCGCUUGCAGCAUGUUGACGUCUCAAUGACUUACUUUUUAUUGUCUUUACAUGUCUACACGAGGCUUCGGUUGAUUAAUUAAUUGUGAUAAGAACAAAGGCUCCGCUGGUAUAAGACUGCUCAUAUCACCGUAACCCAGUGGAAAUGUCGUCGCUGGGAGGUUUACUGAGAGCCGGAGCUGCCCUCUGUCACUCCGCUGGGACUCUGCUGCACACCGCCAGGGCCAUCUCUACUGGCACGUGCUGCCAGAUCCGAAUGCACGCCAUUCCUGAGCUGAAGAAGGUGGACAGGUGGACUGAGAAAAAGAGCAUGUUCGGAGUUUAUGAUAACAUUGGCAUCUUAGGAGAUUUCAAAGCUCACCCCAAAGACCUCAUUGUGGCCCCCUGCUGGCUGAAAGCGUUCAGGGGUAAUGAAUUGCAGCGUUUAAUUCGGAAGAAGAGGAUGGUGGGGGACCGAAUGAUGACGCUGGACAGACACAACUUAGAGAAGAGAAUUCGCUUCCUCUACAGACGAUUCAACCGCACUGGUAAACAUCGAUAAAGCGGAACAGACUAAGCUGGCAAAUACAUCAGAGAGGCUUGUUGGACUUUUGGAGUGUAAAGCUUAAUUUCAUGUUUUCACUGAGCUCAAUGGCUUAUUCAGGAAACUGGAAGAAAACUUUGUUUUAUGACCUCUAAAUAUUAUAAACUUUGUUAGAAAUCAUUAAAAUAAUGAAUAAAUUGUG